AUGUUGCUACUUUAUGCAAAAUUUUUUUUACUAACCCUUUUUGUUUGGGCAUGGCACCGUUCCAUCAAAAUCUCAUUCGAUGAGGCCCCUAAAAAUAUAUUGAAUAAUAAGCUGUGCCUCAUAAAUGGAAGAUUAUUAUCCGAAUUCGAUUUUUCAGAUGAAGAAAGAUUCCACUUUGACAACUCAGUGACAAGAACAACCAACGAAGAAACGGAUAACAUACCUUCCGAUUUUGAUGAAGAAGAUAAUGGGUACUUAUCUACAUAUUUAAAAGAAAAAAUACGUAAGGAAAAGAGAAAAAGUGAAAGUGAUUUUGAAGAUUUAACAGGAUCUAGUGAUAGUCUUAACUCUUUAUGUUCUAAGAAGAAAAUAUUAAAAGAGAUUAUUCAUCAUCUUAAUAAAUCUGAUAAAUUUAACUAUGAUGAGUUGAAAGAAUACAUAAAUCAGCACGUGGAUGGUGAACAAGGAGAAAAAUUAAAAUUAUUAGUGGAUGAAUUGAAAAAGUAUAAAGCAAAAUACUUUUAUAUGAAAUACUGCUUUGAGCGUAACAUACUAAAAUUGAAGGAAAAAAUGAAGAGGAAUACUAUGCUCACGUUUUUACUUGUCACAUCCAUUGCGAGCUUAUUAUUACUCUUAUGGUUUAUCAUACCAAUGGCUAUAGCCCCAGCAGCUUACCUAACAAUGGGCCCUGGAACUGCUUUAACCACUGUAACCUUUGAAGCUGCUGGAGCUGCUUGUGCUGCUACACCGGGUGCCUUUUUGUAUACCAUGCAAAUGAUAGGUGGGGCUCCAGUAGCAAUUAUAUAUACUUUAGGUGCACCAAUCCUGUAG